AUCUUAAACAAAAAGUAAAACAAGUGGUGGCAAGACAUAUUCGUUUACAUAAUGAUCGUGAGAACGAUAUUCCACUCGAAAAUGAACACAGAACAAGUGUUAUAAAUGAAUGGUUACGUUUUGUAUUAUUAUGCAUUGAAAUACGAGAACGUGCUAGCCUUCCAUUGAGUCUCUCUCUAGUUCAAACUGGUCCUUUCGUAGGUAUUACUCAUCAAGAUAGCAUAUCUGUACUUCGUGUUUGUGAUAUAUUAGAAUUCAUACAAUAUUAUACUGGGGAAGAAGCACAUGAAUUAAAUUUAAGUAUAUCAUGCAAUCAAUUAUUUCCAUCGUAUCCUAUGAUAGGUGAAAGUGAAGAUAUUGAUAUAAUAAAUAUGUUUGCCGCUGCAAACUUGGUUAUAUCUCCUAUGACAGAAAUUGACUUAUUAAUCUUCGACCGUAAAAUCAUUCAAACACUACCUAAACCGAUGAUGGUUUCAGUGGCGCAAAGUGUUUCGGACUUAUACGAUAAUUAUUUACGUCACCGUUUGUCACCAGAAUUAAAAGCAAAAAUAUGGUCUAGAUUAGAUUUGUGUUCACAAUUAGAAAGAGCAUUUCACACCAUUAUUGGAGCUUUGAAUGAUGUUAAAUUUAUAAUUCAUGAAAGGGAUGAUGGAAUUGAUACUGCUAAAACUACCAUUUUCGUGGACGCUUUAAUCGCAUCAGCUGCAACUGAUGUUAUUCAGUCUCAUUAUAUGAUAGCACGUAAUAUAUUUCUCUUAUUGGUAGUAAUACUUAGCACUAAACCAAGCUCUGGCUUUGAUCAAAGAGUAUCUAUGGCAAUGUCUACUCUAUAUGUAUAUAUGAUACUAAAGUGGAUAUCAGAACAAUCUGCAUAUUCAGAUGCUAUAACAGAUACUGCUUCUGAAAAUGGCUUGAUAAAAAAAUUUCCCCAUUUGAACAUGAUUGAUGCCACGAAGGAUGUAGAAUCUCCAGAUUUGCGAUAUAGCUUGAUCUAUAGUCUUAUUGUCCAACAAUACCCUUUUGAUCUGAGAUUCAGAUCACAAUUAAUGCCUAUAAUAAUCACGCGUGGAGUUCAAGAAUUAUUGGAUAAAAUUGGAUUUUUACCAGAAACACCACAUAUCAUGGUUAUGGCACCUGAAACAUAUGCUAAAUUUGGCCAUCUUUUGGAAGCAUCUGGUUAUAUAGGUCAUCUUCAUCAAUACGUUCGUUUAUUGCUUGAUACACCAGCAAAUUUAUACCUUCAUGGAAAGCAACUUUUAAAAGAGCGUAAAUAUGAUGAAGCUGAGUAUAAAUUUAAAAGAGCAGGAGCUGGAUUCGCCCAUGAUAUGGCGCUUCCUCCUUAUACUGCAGGACCAAUUAUUCCGUCACAAGAUUAUAUACCUGGAAAUUUGACUGCAUAUUAUCGUCAUGUCGCCGUUUUAUACGAAAACUGUGAACAGCCCAUUUAUGUUAUCAACUUUUGCAAGUUAGCAUUGGAUGCAUUUAGUAACGAGCAGCGCCAAACCCCUGAGGGACGUAACCUAGUAUCUCAACUUUGCACAAAAAUUUUUACUAAUGCUCUUAAAAAAGAUAUGUUCGAUCUUGCAUAUAAAGCAAUAGUGUCUAAUCCAAAUCCAAUAUCUCAGCAAGCAAAUCUUCGUCCUUUUGUACGUGAUAUGUGUGAGAAAAAGCAAGUCAGCAAGCUUUUGGAAUUUCCAUUUAUAAAUUUUCGACGUGAUUUUGAAACUAUAUUGGAGUUCCAUGCACGUAACCAUGAUAUAAAAGAAUCUCCUAAUUAUUCAAAAAUAUGUUAUACCUAUUAUUUAUCACGGCAACAGAAUAGAGAUGCUGCUCGAAUUAUGUACCAAUAUGCUAAUAAAGUUGAAAAUAUGGGAUCGAUAUUUGACAAUUUCCAAAAAGGCAUGACUGAAUUAGCUUCAAGUUACCUUUCAGCUAUUAACGCGUUGGAAGUAUUAGAUAAAUCGCUUGCUUGGUUUCACUAUAAUUCAUUACCUCCAACUGAUAAUGUCCGAGCACGAAAAAAGCAAAAAGUUGAUAACGAAUCUAUGAAAGAUGAUGGUGAACCAAUGACUGAAGUGGUUACAAUAACAGAUUUAACAAAACGCUACACAAUGGUAAUGGCUAGACUUGAAUUAGGACGCGAAUUUUCUGAUCAAGUGACACCUAUGAAAUCUCAGGAAGCAGUCAAACUAUGUAGUUUUGCAGGAAAAUUCGACUUGGCUAUCUCAAUUGCUAAGCUAUUUGAAAUCCCUUUAGAUGAUGUAUUUGACGGAAUGACACGAAAAUGCUUGUCGUUGAUAAACUCUAAUAUGGCUGCUCCGAUUACGCAUAAAUUUUCAUGGGUAAAAGGAAACGAAUCUACUCAAUUUAUACAUGGAACGGAUAAAGAUAAAGCUUGGGCUAUGUUAAGAAAAUAUUUAGACAAGUAUGAUAAAAAGGAAGAAACGUUAUCACGAUAUAGAGCUGUUGUGUUGAAAACAAUGCUCACGGUCGAUUCAUAUGUCUCUAUUCCUGAGUGGUUAACAUCUUUUUACAAGGAAAUUGAAAACCAUCAGAAUGAGAAAGUAGCAUCUCAUUGUCUUCCAUGGAAUCUUAUCGAUAGUUUGAUGGCAUUAUUUCAGGAUACUUUGGCAAAAACUUUUGAUCCAGAACGAAAAAAAACAAUAGGAAGGUUAAAAAGUGAUUUGAGCGAAGCAGUUGAAAGAUAUUGUUCAAAAAUUUGUUCAAGUUAUCGUUCUCAUCCAUAA